GACCACUAUUUGUUACACUUUGAAGGAACUAGAAGGAAAGAAAAUGUCAGGUUUUCAGUGAAGUAGCAUCAAGAUGGGGCUGAAGAAGGCUUUCUUUCUCCCAGAUGACACCCUGAUACAGACCCAUACUGCAGCUCUGGUAGGAAACACUUCACAAGGCAACCUUAGCACAGCACCGCCUCCCAACGCCUCCACACCACUACCAGCGCCCUCUAUAAUCACACUGCCACCAUGCCAAUGGAUUCUGUACGAAGAUAUCAACGACUCACACGUCCGUAUCUGGGACUUGAUGAUCCUGGUUCCCAACGUGAUAUUUGCCAUCUUCAUGCUACUGAGGAUACGAACAGCGCUACAGAAACUCGGCACCACAGGCAGCCCUAUCUUCACAGCUUUUUACACUCUGGUGUGGGUGAUCUGUAUAAUUGGAGUGAUUCGUGCAGUGAUAGCCAUGAUAGUGAGUCACCAUAAUAUUGCUGAUAAGAUAUUAUGGUUGGUGCUGAGAUUUUUCUUGUUAGCUACAGAAAUGUCUGUUGUCAUUUUUGGACUGUUGUUUGGUCACCUGGACAGCAGGACCAGUAUCAGGAGAGUCCUGGCAAUUACUUGUUUCCUUGCAGCAAUCUAUUCAAUAACACAGGGUGUAUUGGAGUUCCAUUACCAUGACAAGAAAUAUUACUUGGAGGGAGAAAAUUAUGAUAUUUUUGCUCAUGGAGGAAUGAUCUUUUUGUGUGCCAGUGCGGCAUUCUUCUUAGUGGUGUACAUCACGGUACUUGUCUUGCCGUAUACGCCACUCAAGGACAAGCUCAACUUGCCAUCUAAGAAGAGUUUCUAUAUCUACUGCGGCAUACUAGCGUUGCUAAACCUGGGUGAAGUUAUUGGCAGCGCAGCGUUAGAAAUGGGUGCAAUUGAAGGCAUGUGUGUGGUGGACGUCGCCGCCUAUCUUUACUUUUCCAUGUUUGCACCACUUGUGUUUUGUACAUUUUUGUGGAAAUUUUUUGGAACUCCGAGGUUGAAUCUUUUGUUUUCAUACAAAUCUCACAUGGACGAGGGGGGCGUCGAAGACGACCAGGUCAGCCUGCCCUAUCAGACGCCGCGCAUCGAUGCUUCCAUGACGUCCGGCUACGAUAGCACGCCUUUCGACACAAACAGUGCAACAGGAAGUGGGGAGGAGGAUUUUGACAUCGGUCCGAGUAAGAACCCGUUGUACGACCAUUCUGAGGACUUCACUGUGCUAGACUCUGGAGACUAUAGCAUCAAUGCUGAUAUUCCGUCUGGAUUUGAGGCAAACAAGGCAGAGUUGACAUGAGCUCUUUCCAAGUUC